AUGAUGGGCUCCGUGCUCCCGGCUGAGGCCCUGGUGCUCAAGACCGGGCUGAAGACGCCGGGACUGGCGCUGGCCGAGGUCAUCACCUCCGACAUCCUGCACAGCUUCCUGUACGGCCGCUGGCGCAACGUGCUCGGGGAGCAGCUCUUCGAGGACAAGAGCCACCACGCCAGCCCCAAGACGGCCUUCACCGCCGAGGUGCUGGCGCAGUCCUUCUCCGGCGAAGUGCAGAAGCUGUCCAGCCUGGUGCUGCCAGCGGAGGUGAUCAUCGCUCAGAGCUCCAUCCCUGGCGAGGGCCUCGGCAUCUUCUCCAAGACGUGGAUCAAGGCGGGCACCGAGAUGGGCCCCUUCACCGGCCGCGUGAUCGCCCCGGAGCACGUGGACAUCUGCAAGAACAACAACCUCAUGUGGGAGGUGUUCAAUGAGGAUGGCACGGUGCGCUACUUCAUAGAUGCCAGCCAGGAGGACCACCGGAGCUGGAUGACCUACAUCAAGUGUGCACGUAACGAGCAGGAGCAGAACCUAGAGGUGGUCCAGAUCGGCACCAGCAUCUUCUACAAGGCCAUUGAGAUGAUCCCGCCUGACCAGGAACUGCUGGUGUGGUACGGAAACUCACAUAACACCUUCCUGGGGAUCCCUGGUGUGCCUGGGCUAGAGGAGGACCAGAAAAAGAACAAGCAUGAACCGGGCGCCCAGACCGGCAUCCCCCUCGUGGGUGCCAAGAAAGCGAAAUUUAGCGCCCCGAGGACCCCUCAGCAGAGGAAGGGGAGUCCCCACCUCCGCCACCGAGAGUGCGGGCUACUGGGGUCCAUCGGCAGCCGGAAGAGACCCGGAGAGACCUGCAUCUUCUGGGCCCUUACCCCCAAACCUGGCUCCUGGGGAUGGAUGAGGAAGGAGCUCUUUGCAGUGCACCAGGGCCGCUCGCUGGGCCUGGCUUCCUGGCCGCCGGGCUACGCGGGCUCAAAGGACACCAUCGCCCUCUUAUGGCCGCGGCAGGACUGGACCAAGGGGCUGGGCUCUAGCGCCUUCCUCCAAGCACGGCGGAGGGCGAGGGUCUGGCCGCCCACUUACCUAGGGCCUUGGGGCACUAGCAUUCACGUCACGGACUGCCUGGCAGGGCUGACUUUCUUAAGUGUGGUCGUGCGCCUUGCUUAA